UUUUGCUCAUGGCUCGUACUAAGCAGACUGCUCGUAAGUCCAUUGGAGGAAAGCCUCCUAGGAAGCAGCUAGCCACCAAGUUUGCUGCCCGUAAGUCUGCUCCCACAACUGUGAAGAAGCCUCACCGUUACCGCCCUGGAACUGUUGCUCUUCGUGAGAUCCGCAAGUACCAGAAGAGCACGGAGCUACUCAUCAGGAAACUUCCAUUCCAGAGGCUUGUUAGGGAGAUUGCCCAGGACUUCAAGACUGACCUCCGCUUCCAGAGCCAUGCGGUGCUGGCCCUUCAGGAGGCUGCAGAGGCCUACCUGGUGGGUCUCUUUGAGGAUCCGUGGCGAGAGGGCUUAAGGAGCUUGCUUUGCCUGUGGGAAUGGCUCUGGCGGGCAUCUGUGUCUGCUUUUGCUGCUGUUUUUAGUGAUUGUUUGGAACUGCUAGCUCUAAUUUAG